AUGGAGAACCUAUCUAUCGCCGAUGCCCCUCCACUGGGCCGCGGUGCGCCGCAACCGCUUCCCCAGUUGCCGCCGCAGAUGUUCACGACUGCAGCGCAGCUCCUGGAUCUCACAGACAAGAAGCUCAUGGUCGCUUUGCGCGAUGGGAGAAAACUCAUCGGCGUGCUAAGAAGCUGGGAUCAAUUCGCCAAUCUCGUUCUCCAAUCUACCGUCGAACGUAUCUUCGCGCCCUCCCCCGAGUCAGCAGGUAGCGAUCGACCAACAGGUCUGUACGCCGACAUAAAUCACGGCAUAUUCCUCGUCCGAGGCGAAAACGUUCUCCUCCUCGGUGAAAUCGACCUCGACAGAGAUGACGACCCGCCUCCUGGCUUUGAGCCCGGUGAGCUAGACGUCGUCAAGAAGCUCGCAGAGGAGAAGAAAGCCGCCGACAAAGCAAGGGAGAAGGCGCGAGUCAAGAAGCUUGCGAAGCAGGGUUUUGAGGGAGAGAACAUUGGCGAGAUCGUGCUCUAG